GCCAGCCGCCCCAGCCGGCGUGCCACGUUGCUGCGGCGGUUGGCUUCUGUUGUCCGCCAGCGAUGCUGGGCUGAGUCGAGAGGGGCGGUGGCUGCCGCCGUCUUCGGCAGAGUCCGGAAAUGGUCGGGCGGGUUCGGGAGAGGGCUUUUUAAAGGGAGCGGAGCCGGUCGUGUGGAGUCGCGGGGGAAGGACAGUUGGCCGCCGCAUCUCCGAGAAGGGGAGCCGUGGCCGGGCCCCCGGACGACGCGAUGCUGACCGACAGCCUGGUGGAGGAGUUCGAGAUACGAGAAGAUGAGCCUUGGUACGACCAGCAGGACCUGCAGCAAGAUCUCUAUCUUGCUGCUGAACUUGGGAAGACGCUGCUGGAUCGGAACACAGAGUUGGAGACAUCACUGCAGCAGAUGUAUGCAACCAACCAAGAGCAGCUGCAGGAGAUAGAGUAUCUUACAAAACAGGUGGAACUCCUGCGUCAGAUGAAUGACCAGCAUGCCAAAGUUUAUGAACAGCUCGAUAUCACUGUUAGAGAUCUAGAAGAUGCUAAUCAAAAACUAGUUCUGGAUAGUAGAUCUUCACAGCAAAAGAUCUUAAGCCUUACUGAGACCAUUGAAAGUCUUCAAACACACAUCGAUGACCUCCAGAGACAAGUGGAGGAGCUGAAGAACUCUGGGCAGUGUCGUGUGAACUGUGAAAGAUCUGAGCAGCCGAGAUCGGUUCAUAGUUUUUCGUGCCUAAAAGAAUUGUAUGACCUUCGCAAGUAUUUUGUUUAUGAUCAUAUUUUUGCGGAAAAAAUUACAUCUGUAGAUUCGCAGAUGAGCCCUGUAGAGGAAGAGAAUCAGAACUUGAAGAAGGCAAUGACUCUCUUGCAAGCCCAACUUGAGAUGGAAAGAGAGAAAAGGGUGACUAUGGAGGAAGAGUACAGCCUUGUGCUGAAGGAGAACUGUGACCUCGAGAGGAGACUGGUGGACGUUGAUCUAUACCGCAGCAGAGCUGAAGAGCUUGAGAUCGAAGUGGCUGAAAUGAGGCAGAUAUUUCAGUGUGAGAAACCAUUUAGGAGUGGAGUGGAGAAGCUUGUUCCAGAUUCUUUCUUUCUCUCCUUGAAAGACUCUCUAGAGAAGGAGCUGAGUCGGAGCCCUUCAAAUGGCAUGUCUUUGACUGUUCCGGAGCUUGAAAAAAGGGCUCUGAAAAGAAGCAGCAGUGAGACUUACUUGGGCAGCACUGUGGGUGGAGACCUCCUAAAGGGCCAUGAGGAGACAUGCAUCCGGAGGGCUGAAGCUGUAAAGCAAAGGGGCAUCUCUCUGCUGAAUGAGGUUGAUGCGCAGUACAAUGCUUUAAAGGUCAAGUAUGAGGAACUCCUGAAGAAGUGUCUGAUGGAUGAGGAGUCGGUGAAACACAAGGCCGUGCAGACCUCAAAGCAGUAUUCCAAAGAGGCAAACAUGGGCAACGGGACCAUGGACAUGCACGUUAGAGAACUGGAAGGCACAAGUGCUGAUCUGGCCAACCUAACCGCUAAUACGCCACCUGAGUACAAACUUCUGUUUAAGGAAAUCUUCAGUUGCAUCAAGAAAACCAAGCGUGAAAUAGAUGAGCACAGAGCAAAGUAUCGAGCUCUCUCGUCUCAGCCCUAGUAUCCUCCGUGUUUCCCUUAUUACAUAAGUCUGUAUCACCUUAAAAAGAGGGUUUAUGCAGCUCUCCUUGUUGACAUGAAGCAUGUUGUUGAAUGUCUGUGUUCUAGAGUGUAUGUAGGCUAUUUUUGUUCUUAAGAAUGGGUUGGAUCUACUUAGGUAUGUGCAUUUUAUGAAGAAAGCAUUUGCUUCUUCCAUGUGAGGGAAAAAAGAGACUUGCUCUAGAGGAGUCAUUAAGGAUGGUAAACUGGCAAAGAAAUGUUACAGUCUAGUUAGUCUUUCUAGUGCAGGGAAUUGACUUCUGCCUGAAAACAUGAGAACCAAGAAGUAGAAGUAUUCUGCUACUCCUGGAUUACAUUAUUCUUUCAGGCCAUUUUUGUGGCCAAAAUUUAAAAAGUAGAUACUGCUGUAGCCACUGAACACUGUAAUUGUAAAAUUAAGCUAUGACAUCUCUGGAAAGAUACCAUAUUUGAACUUGUUAAGAAAGAUUUUUUCAAAACUGUUGUCCAUUGUAACUUGCAUCAGUUACUGACUGGUUUUCAUUGUAUUGUUCCUGAAAAGCCAGUCAGAUUUUUAGAAAUUGCUGGAGGAGGCAGGCCCUUUGGUAUGUUUUUUUCAAUCUUGUUAAGUGUUGAAAGGAUCCAUUUAAGGGAGGAGGGACUAUUAAAUAGUUUCCAUAAGCAAGCAAAUAUUCUGAGACUGAUCUGAGUCCUUUUGCAAGAGGACUAAGUAAAAAUGGCUUCCAGUGCUGUGUGCAAUGCAGGAUCUGUUUUUUCUCUGCAUGCCUGAACUAUGGCCGGCAUGAGUUUUUAUGCUUGGAUCCAUUUUAGUACGAAACAUUCAAGUUGCCACACAGUGAACUUAAACCCAGAUAACUCUCCUUUAGCAGAACCUGGGGGUGCCAGACAGCAGUCACAACCCCGUGCGACUGAAGUCAGUAACCGUCCAUUGCAUCAGAUUCCCUUAGGAUAGCAAGUCUGUAAAAGAGCCUGCAGUGUGAAUUGCCUUAAUGGGUGUAUAAUGUUUAGGAUACUGUGUCAGGAGAGCAAAGACCGAGCACUGCAGAUGAUUCUGUUAGUUUAGUCAAGUGCAUGGCCUGUAACUACUGGAGUCUAUGAAAGGUUGUAUAUAGAUGAACACAGGAAGAGACCAUGAUAGUAGAGGGGUUGUCCUCCACUCUGUUCUUUGGCCGCCCAAGUCUGUCAAUGAAAAUUUGCUGGGGAUGCAGAUUGAGAAGGUAAAGCAAGAUUGGCUCUUUUGUGUAAUUUAAGUUUAAAUUCCUGGGCAUAGCCAACAUGAGUAGUAGGUACUGUUGAGUUUCUUAAAGCAGAAGAAAAUACAAGCAAUGCUAAGAAACUGGAAAGCAAACAGCACCACUAGAAAAAGUGACCGGGGGGGGGGGCCUCCAAGCCUAAAUUGCAUUGCAGCUAAAUUGUAGUUGCUGCUGUUACACACUUUCCUGCCUUGUGUACAGUAUAUAAUGGGUUUUCAGCAUAUGGAAACACACAUUAAACUUAUUUAAAGAGUUGUAAACUAUUGUGAAUAUUUUGUGGAAAGCUAAUAAAUGUCUUUGGCAACUA